AUGGCCUCCCUGCAGCAGAAGCGCCCCAGCAUCUCGAACUGGUUCUCGUCGCUGCGGCGCCCACCGAAGGACAAGAAGGGCCCCUCCCUGGGGAACAGCGGGAGCUUUGGCAGCAAACAGCAGCUGCAGCGGAGCUGCGUCGAUCUCCCCUCGAGUUUCGUUGGAGGAGGCGGCAUACCAGGAUUCAAUGUGGAGGGAGUGGGAUUCAGUGUCGAUCGGAGCAGCAGGAGCAACAGCACCUUCUACAUCAAUCCGCUGAAGGCCUCCAAGGAGGAUCGCCGCCGACUGGUGGAGACUGGCAGCAGCAGUGGCGGCAGCAGCAGUCGGAGCAGCAGCGUCUGUGUGCGAUGCUUCUGCAAUCUGCUGUCGAAGAGCGAAGAGAAGACACCCACCCCUACGCCCACGCCCCUGCCCCUGCCCACUCCCCCGCCCGCUAAGGUGCCGCCCAAACCCCCAGCCAAGCCCCGUUCCCCCUCGCUGGCGCCCUACACGAGUGUGGCGACAUACAACAUCACGACCUUGACGCCCGACAGUCCCCCGCCCGCCAGUCCGACGCCGAGCAGCGUGACCGUCAGCUGCAGCGACACGAGCCGCACGGUGGAGGUGAAGCGCCUGCCCUGCGACGAGCCCCGCACGGAGCUCUACAGCAAGCGAUCGGAGUACACGCACGCGACCACCACGACGAUCACAAGGACUCUGAUAGUCUCGCGGCCCGUGGAGCUGCUCCUCAACGACAAGGGGGAGAUCAUCUCGCGGAGAUCGCCGCGCAAGACGCGCUCCAAUUCGCUGGGAUGCAUGCUGGAUGUGGUGGAUGGCGAUGGCGAUGCCGAUGCCUAUGGCGGCAUGGACAAUCCCUGCCUGCAGCUCGAUACGGACACGGAUGCUCCGAGCUCGGUUCUGAGCUCCCCGCUGACACCCGAUGCGGGGGACAUGCGCUUCAUCGAUGACAGCUCCCUGUCCCAGAGCGAAUCCGAAAGGAAUUCCAUCAGCAUCAACAACAACAACAACUCCAAGGAGCAGCAGAAUAACAACAACUGCAGUAGCAGCCCCAGGAGCAGCCAGGAGUCGAAUCUCUGCGAGAGUUGUCGCCAUUUGAUUGAGAGAAACCUCAGCAAUGCCGAGAAGCAGAUCAACAGCGAUGUGGUGAUACUGAGGCAACACCCAAAGCAAAUCAAAGAUGAAUUAUGCGAAGUUGUCUCGGAAAUGGAGGUGCUCGAUGUGCCCGAAGACUGCAAGCAUUCCAACAAGGACAAGCAAAUGUCCAUUGGUCGCAAAAAGUUCAAUAUGGAUCCGAAAAAAGGCAUUGAGUAUCUCGUGGAGAACCGACUGCUGCGUCACGAUCCCCAGGAUGUGGCGCAUUUCCUCUACAAGGGCGAGGGCCUCAAUAAAACGGCCAUAGGCGAUUACCUCGGCGAAAAGAACGAUUUCAACGAGGAUGUCCUCAAGGCCUUCGUGGCGCUACACGACUUUACCAAUCUCAUUCUAGUGCAGGCCCUAAGACAAUUUCUCUGGUCGUUUCGACUGCCCGGCGAGGCGCAGAAGAUCGAUCGAAUGAUGGAGUGCUUUGCACAGCGCUACUGCCAGCUGAAUCUGGACAUCUUCACCAACACGGACACAUGCUAUGUGCUCAGCUUUGCCAUUAUAAUGCUCAAUACAUCGCUGCACAAUCCAUCGGUCAAAGACAAACCCACCGUUGAGCAAUUCAUCUCGAUGAAUCGUGGCAUCAACAACGGCGGGGACUUGCCCCGCGGCCUGCUGGAGUCCCUCUACGAGUCCAUACGCACCGAGCCAUUCAAAAUACCCCAAGACGAUGGCAACGAUCUGAUGCACACCUUCUUCAACCCCGACAAGGAGGGCUGGCUGUGGAAGCAGGGCGGCAGAUACAAAUCGUGGAAGAGACGCUGGUUCAUAUUGAACGACAAUUGCCUCUACUACUUUGAAUACACCACCGACAAGGAGCCGCGUGGCAUUAUACCGCUGGAGAAUAUAUCGGUGCGGGAGAUACACGAUCGCAGCAAACCGCAUUGCUUCGAGCUGUUUGCCACUGGCGGUGCCGAUAUAAUCAAGGCCUGCAAGACUGAUUCCGAGGGCAAGGUGGUGGAGGGCAAGCAUACCGUGUACCGCAUGUCCGCCGCUACGGAGGAGGACCAGCAGGAGUGGAUCAAGCGGCUGACGCAGUCGAUCAGCCACAACCCGUUCUACGAUAUCCUAGUACAAAGAAAGAAAAAGGCGCUCAGCAAGAGUUAGUAUUAAGACAGAGCUCGGCCUAAACAUAUUUGUCUUGGAUCUCAGUGAAACCCUGCAGCGCGUGUGUGGCAGUGGCGGCGGCGUCGGCGGCUCUCCCCUUAUAUAUACAUCUACAUAUACUACCUUUUAUACCAUUUAUUGUUCAUUAUUGUAUGUUUGUGUGUGUGUGUGUUCGCAUGCGUGAGAAAUUGCAAUGUUUAGCCAAUACAAGAGAGUAUCUGUAGUUUGUUCACCUUGCGGUUUGCCCCAAUUCGUCCUCUGCCGCCCCGCCCCCGCCCUGCCACACGCCGACGCACUCCGAACCGCAAACUUUGUCUCUAUUGUUGUGAUAUAAUUUAUUUAAGCAUUAAGCAGUACAAUACGGAAGAAACAGAAACCGAAACAGAACCAGAAUACAUGAAAUUGCAUCGUUAAGAAAUACACAUCUGAAAAAUCUUCAAAUUAGUGCAAAUUACCUUUAGUUUCAUUGUACGCCUAAGUCUACGAAUAUGUCUUUUCAAAAUAGAGCACCUACCACCUAAGUUGUCCCCACACCCACGCCCCACCCCCCACUCUAUGAUAGAUGGAUGGACGGAUGGAUGGUCCUUAGAGCUAUGAAACAUAUCCCAGCAGUCGCCAAACUCCUAUUUGAUUAUCUGUUUGUUUGAUGCGAAUGAAGAAACGGCUCAAUAACUUUUGCUUGGCAAUUAUUAUAUGUGUAUCGUAUUGUAUAGACAAAGGCCUUUCCUUUCCUUUUCUGAGAAUUGUAUUUGUAUUGUAAACGCUAAAACAACGAAUGAACCCAGAAAACUGAAACUGAAAAUUGUAAAAAUCUGCACUCUUAAAUUAACAGAUCCAAUACAGAAAUGCAUUUAUAUACUCGUACAUAGGGGAACAAUUGUUGUGUAGACAAAGCUAAUUGUAAUUGUAAUCAACCAAAGAUCUGAUUUAAUGUCUGCUUCCACAUCCAAGUCGAAUGAUUGUCGUAUAUUGUAUAUUCAUCUGAAUUGGAAUGAAUUUAUCAUUUGUAAUGUUUUCCGUAAAUGCAUUUUGUAUUGCCUUUUGUUAAUUUGAAUAGUUAAGAGACGACGAACCAACCACAAAGUGUUCCUGCCAGAGAGAUGAAAACGUUGUAGCCACAGAUCCACAAAGAACUCCGAUGCCAGCAUGACUCUUAUGAUAGCUGUAAGACGCUGUUAUCCAUAAUCGUAGAUUGUGAUAAGCAUUGAUGGAUGCCAGAUCCUGUGUGGUUUUUGUUUGUUUCGCGACUGAAGGAUACGACUUCGUCACAUCACAUCGCACACUGCAAUGUCAUUUACCCAACUUGCCUUGUUUCUCGUUGUUAAUCGAUAUCCAGCAAGCAUAUUGUUUGAAUUUCACACUUGGGACUUUCUUGUCAUAUGAAUUAUUUGGAAACCAUACAGUCCCAAACAUUUAUGCAAUAUUAUAAUUAAUUUAGAUAUCUUAACCGUGUACUACCAUCUUUAUUAGCACAUAUGUAUUCACUAUAUCAUAGAUUAAUGUAAUCAUAUG